AUUUAUUUCUAUUUUACAAUACCGAAGAAGUGGCAUUUCUACGGUCUCUUACUAAUAAAUAGUAGACUCAACAAAUCAUGGAGCCAGAUCUUAAAAAUGUGAAAAACGCCGGCAGUGGAGAAUCGAAUAAGGAAGAAAAGAAGAAAAUAAAGGCGAGUAGAGAGUCCGGGGAAAAAGUAAAGACUAUCACAGAAGAAGAUCCAAAUAGCAAGAAAAUGGAGCUCCCGCCGACUCUCAUGCCAAAAUUCCCGUCCGAGAAGAUCCGCAAACAACAUAAGUCCCCUCCGCCGAAAGGGACGCUGGCAUAUGAGGAAUAUGAUCCGGAGGAGGAGGAAAGGAUUGAUCUUAUCUGGGAUAUGUCGUUAGAAGAAGUUUGUGAAAGUGAAGAACAUUCACAAUAUGACGAUUGGCUGGGCCCGACGAGUUUGGACGACCAAAAUUCUAAGUUGGAAAGGCCCAAGCUGGAACCGGAGCAGCCCGAAAAACUGGAGAGACCACUAGCUAGACCACAGCCACCACCACCAGCAAUACCAGUUGUCAAGAAAAUUAGCAAACAAAACACCAAGGAUAAGAAAAGUGGUCGGAUCACCGAUCGGAAGAUCCAUAAGAAGAAGGACGCGGCGACGCAGGAUGAUAACAAGAAAUCACCGGAAGACAAGAAGAAGGUUGUGGGGACGAAGAAGGGAUCGACGGAGGAUGCGAGCUCGGAUAACCUGUACAACGGGAAAGUGCCAAGUGGGCGGAAAUCGAAACUGCAGAAGAAGUCGACUUCACAGCAGCCUGUGCAGAAAACAACACGUUCUCAUCCAUCAGUAUAUUUGCAACCGACUCUUGCAAGAACGGAUCGUUCCCUCAAACUGCCCCCAGCCGAUCAGAAGUCCGUCGACGAACGACCGAGAAAGGCUACCACGAAAAUUGUCCAGCCACAGCAGCCUUGUAGAGGAGGACCCGGGCAGCUGCAGAAGCAUCCUUCGAAAGUUGUUCAGCAACCGGGUGCUCCAGGAGCGACACCCGUAGCAUCGAAGCCGAAUCAACGGGAGCAAGCGGAGGGAUUGUUCAAGAAGAUCUACAAAAAGAAGAAUUCUCGAGCAGUUUCGGAUUGUACUGUUGAGCGAAUGAAAGAAAUCCUUACCAAAUCCUAUGUCCUGCCGGAAUACAAUCCGAACGACCCGAUCGAUUUCAGUCCGGAUCUGCCGAAAAAGUUGUUUGACGAGGAGACGUGGAAGUUGCGUAUGAGCAACAAGGGAGCCAUCCGGAACGACGUGUUCCUCAAUAACCGCCCGUUUUGGCUAGCCCGUGACGGCACAGAGCAGGUCCCGAGAGUUCUAAUCCAGAUGCACCGCCCGUUGAAACAAAUGCACAGCGGAAAUCCGGCGUCGAUUCAACCGAAACUUCAUCGAACCGAUCCGUUUUUGGAUCCGAAGGAGGACGCGUUGGAGAGACUGAAGAUAGUUGAUAAGGCGAUCGGAGUGGAUCCGCUGGAAAAGGAAAAGGAAAUGAAGAGACUUUGUGCGAACACGUUUCAUGGGACGCUGAUGUUUGAGGUUGAUCAGCGUCAAUACGACACUGAACAGCAGAAGAAGGCAGAAGCAGAAGGAUUGAAGCUGGACCCAAAACGGUCAAAGCCUAAUGUAAAGGAAAAGGAUCAGAAGUCGCCGUUUGAGGAGCCGAGAAAAGUCGCUUUCAAUGUUUCAGACAAGUGUACGUUGCACGUAUAUUCUAGAAAACGCCGUCCACUGACGAAUCCGGGGAAAAGCGAACGUUUCACGGAGAAGAAAUAUACGAGGGGUGAGCGGAAGAUUAGGAAGAAAGAGCGAAAGCCUGCGGUGCCACAAUUGGUACCAUCCACGUCAUCAUCCACCACAACAUCUGCUACUUCUUCGUCUUGUAGAGAAACUAAUAUGCUUUGAACUCUUGCUUUUUCUAAUAAAUUGUAGUUGUGGAAUCGAAUAGCAAAACGUUUCCCUAAACUGUUAACUCCAAAUGCAUUUGCGUCGCGC